AUGGUGGAUUUCGCGCUAGAUGAUGACGAUCGAGGAUCGAACGCGAGUUCCGACAAUGAACAAGAUGAUAUGAUGGAGGACGCAGAUGACCUCGACCCUGAAGCGGAUGGUGACGGGGACGGGGAUGGAGAUGGAGAUGGGGACGAAGAUGCGGAUGAUGACGACAAUGAUGACGAUAAUGCCGAGGACGACCAGGACGACGGCGAGGGUGAAGACGAUUCUGCUUCGCAGAUCCGAAGAUCAAGCUUACCCACUGCGAAUGACCACUCGAACGGUUUUCUAAGAUCAGGGCAAAUGAAUGGUGCAGAUUCCACAUCGCAUCCACAUCUGACCUUAACAAGGACUUCAGCGUCGCCGCGACACAUCUCGGGUCCAUGCCCGCGAUUCAGAUACGAAGUUAGGCCUGAAGCAUUAACUGCUUCUACGUAUGAUAUAGUACCUACAAUAGCCGCCCCGCAGAGUACAUCGAUCAAUGCGAUUACGGCAACACCUGAUAUGAGAUACUGGUUCAGUGGCGGCUCGGACUGUUUUAUAAGGAAAUAUCAUGGGGUCGACACAGUGAAUGGUAAAACAUUACUAACUGUUGCCCAAAGACAUCCUUUCGUCGAUAGUGUGGUUAAAGCUGGAGUACUUAUGAGCUAUUGGGAUAAUGAAGAAGCGAGCAGAGGUCCUGGAGGAGAGGAGCAUUCAUUAUCUCCAGUAUAUUCAUUGGCAGUACAAGCUGAGGCUCUUUGGAUGUUAUCUGGACUUGAAUCAGGAAGCAUAAAUCUACAGUCGGUACGGCAUGAUGAAGGCAAGAGAAUUGCGAGUCUCCAAAUGCAUACAUCUGCGGUCUCGGUACUUACUCUCGCUCGCGAUGAAAAAUCGGUUCUAUCAGGAAGUUGGGACAAAAAGGUUCUGGAUUGGGAUUUGAAUACCGGACUGGUCAAACGCGCAUUCGAUGGUAGCGGAGGUCAGAUCUCGGCGAUCGAAAUAAGGCCGGCUUCUACACUACCAGUCCCCGAAGAAUCUGGCGAGCCAACGCCUCAAAACGGAACCUUCUCUAGUAAUAAUGGCGAAAGAACAUUAUUGAAUGGAUCUUUUAGUGGAGUCAAUGGGACGAAUGGGACAAAUGGAGAGGCGGAAGGCAACGAGGAUGCUCCUGGGUCGCCUGCGGAUUCUCUUUUUGGGGGUGGAGAUUCAUUGUUCGGAGAUACCGAUGGGCUGGGAGCUCCAUCAGGUGGAAACUUUGGUGACGAUGAAGAUGAGUUCUCAAAAGGCCUAGACAUAAACAUAGAAGCACGUCCAGAUUCUCAAGGUGAUAUAUCUAUGAUGGACGCUCCACAUCCACUGAUUGAGGAAGAGCCCGCUCCAUUUGAACAGCUACAAACCAUGUCAGACCUACCCAAUGGACUACCUCACUCUGAUGAAAUCAUCGAGGCAAAGGUGGAGCCCGAAACUCAAGAUGCUGAUGCGACCUCUGACUCAACUUUCCUCGCCGCCUCCAUCGAUGGAAGUAUUCGUGUUUGGGACAGACGUCAACCGAACCCAAUUGCUCGAAUUUUGACCAGGACAGGAGUUCCUCCAUGGUGUAUGGCCGCUUGCUGGUCACCUGAUGGAAAUUACAUUUAUGCCGGUCGAAGAAAUGGCACAGUGGAGGAGUUCAGUUUACACAAAGGUCUCAAACAACCCGAAAGAACAUUCAAAUUUCCAAAUGGGAGUGGCGCAGUCAGUGCCAUGAGAGCCAUGCCAAAUGGAAGACAUUUGAUUUGUGCAUCGCACGAUAUCCUACGUUUGUAUGAUCUCAAAGCACCACAAACAAAGUCACAACCACAAACAAAGUCACAAUUACAAACAAAGUCACAUUCAUCCGUCCCUUUCCUUAUCGUUCCUGGACCUCCACGCGCUGGCGUCAUAUCGGCACUUCACAUCGAUCCAACUUGCAAAUACAUGAUAUCCGCCGCCGGAAACCGAGGUUGGGAAGGUACCAGUACUGAAGUUAUGAUUGGAUACGAGAUCAACAUUCCUUCUUAA